ACUUGGGCCAGAUAGUCUCGCGCGGAUGAUCAGCUGUUAUUAUCUCACGCAACUCGCGGGCGGAAGCAGCGCGUGCGCCUGGUGUCUAUCCGGGACUCGGAGCUGGACUCAGGCUGUCUGCAGAGAGGACCGUGGUGGGAUUAGAACGCAGAGCGGCCCGGGAUGGGCUCAGAGUGGCGUUAAUACGCGCCCCUGCCCGCAGAGCCCGGCCCGCCCCCCGGGGGAUGUUAGCGGCGGGUCCGAUGGACGGGUCCCGUCAGAGCGCCUUCCUCCUCAGCACGCCCCCCCUGGCUGCUCUGCACAGCAUGACCGAGAUGAAGACCCCGCUGUACCCGGCCUACCCGCUCUCCUCCGGUGGCCCCGCCUCCUCUACCUCACCGGCUACCACCUCCCCGAACCCGGGCGGCAUGGCCGCAGCCUCCCCGGGCAUCAAGAGCUCCACCGGCCCGUCCUCCGGGCUCGGCUCCCCGCAGCAGUGCUCCUCCGCCACACCGCACGGAAUUAACGACAUCCUGAACCGGCCCUGCGCCACCUCCGCCGGGGCCUCCGCCUCCUCCUCCGCAGGGAUCCUGACGGGUCUGCCCAGGUUCAGCAGCCUCAGCCCGCCGCCUCCCCCCGGGCUCUACUUUAGCCCCUCCGCGGCCGCCGUGGCCGUGGCCCGGUACCCGAAGCCCCUGGCGGACCUGCCAGGCAGGACGCCCAUCUUCUGGCCGGGGGUGAUGCAGAGUCCCCACUGGAGGGACGCUAGGUUCGCGUGCUCGCCCCAUCAGAGCUCUGUCUUAUUGGAUAAAGACGGCAAACGGAAGCACACGCGGCCCACGUUCUCCGGGCAGCAGAUCUUCGCCCUGGAAAAAACUUUCGAACAAACGAAAUAUCUGGCGGGCCCCGAGAGAGCCCGGCUGGCCUACUCCUUGGGCAUGACCGAGAGCCAGGUCAAGGUGUGGUUCCAGAACCGUAGGACGAAGUGGCGGAAGAAACACGCGGCAGAGAUGGCCUCCGCCAAGAAGAAGCAGGACUCUGAGACGGAGCGGCUCAAGGGCACUUCGGAUAACGAAGACGAGGACGACGAGUACAACAAGCCGCUGGACCCGAACUCCGACGACGAGAAAAUCACACAGUUGCUCAAGAAACACAAGCCCGCGAGCUCCGCGCUACUGCUGCACGCGCCCGACACGGACAGCUCCUAACCGGACCGGAAGUCCGAACUCAGCUGAAGUCACGUGAGCUCACCUGAAUGACAGACUGGUUUUUACCUGCGGGCCGGAGCGGACUGUAAAUAUGAGUGAGUGAACAGAAAUGUGAAUAUUUAAAUUUAAUGUUUUUCUACUUUUCAUUUGGGUUUAACCCCCACCCCUUUCCCACCACCAACACCACCCCGCUGCGGGUCCCUGAAGGCCUCUCAGGAGGAGACCAUGAACGCAGCACGUGUACAGACACAAACGGCGCAAACAUUUACAUUUUUUUAUUAUUGUUUUUUUUCUGCUCGCACACAUUUUAUUUAUAUGUUCUGGGUUGUGAGUUGCGCCUGCGCAGUUGUGUACCCCGCAGGCUCAUGUAAUGCACUUUUAUUGAAUAAAAAAAGAACUGCA